AUCUAGUGUCUAAUGUUUGUAAUACAUUUUUAAAUUCAAAUAUAAUAAUAUUUAUGUAACAAUAUUAAAAUAUUUUAUUUAUCAUGACUCUAAAAUCUAUUUGGAUUGACUACUGUGAAAAUGGUUCAAUACAUGGUUUGAGGCAUAUUAUUCAGAAAGACGAAAAACCAUUGAUGAGAUUUAUAUGGGUACUGUUGUUGAUUGUAGCCAGCAUUGCUAUAGUUGUUUUGGUCUCAGCAUCUUGGGAGAAGUAUUCUUACUCCUCAAUGGAAAUCACUGUUGAUGAUCCUCGUUAUCCACUCACCAAGAUUGAUUUUCCUGCAGUUACUAUUUGUCCUAUCAGCAAGAUCGUAUACCCAAAGGCUCUCGAUUUAGUCCUUAAUAAAUAUCCCAACGAUUCCGACUUAAGAACCAGAUGGACAAAUUCGUUACAGGCACUUGGAAGGAUAAAGUUUCCACACAACACAAAUCUAUAUUAUGUUCUACAAAAUCUCCCUACAAUCAAAAUACCCCUAAACGAAAUAUCUGAUCUCAUGAUAAAAUUGGCACCAUCCAUAGAAGACAUAUUUCAAAAAUGUUUUUGGAGAGGCAUAUCGUACAAAUGCAAGGAUAUUCUGCGGUUUCAACGUACCGAAGAAGGAUUUUGUUAUUCGUUCAACAGCCAAACAGCCGAGAGGAGUAUAAAUGAUGAAAGCAAAAUUAACCCACCAUUUAUCGGAUCGGAUGGAAUACUUAUUCCACUUAGAAACAACGCCGCGGGCAAAGAGACCGGACUCAAAUUAAUAAUGAGCAAUAUGAGCAAUAAAUUUUUCCCAAAUGACGAUCGCAGAAGAGGCUAUAACGUGAUGGUACACACCCCUGACUCCUUUCCAGACGUGGCGACCGCCUAUAAGGUGCACGCCAUACGUGAUCGCAUCUCGCUGAUAUCAGUGAGCGUGGCCCAGGUGGAGGCGGAUGAGUCGCUCGACCGUCUCGACAGUGAGAACAGUCAAUGUUACCUGUACAAAGCAAAGGCAAAGAACCUUAGCUCACUGUUACAUAAGAGCAGCAACGAGGACACGUGUUACAUCAAGUGUAGGAUGAGGGCCAUCCACAAGGCAUGCAACUGUACGCAAUACUUUUUCAAAUUGUACAAAGGCCUCGGAAGUCAUUGCGGAAUUGAACACAUACCUUGUUUGAUAGCGAACGAUAUACUUCAACGCAACUCCCAAGUUUCAGAAGACGAACCAGGGUUUCCUAAAUGGAGCAUGCCAUUUGCUAUGAACUGCAGUUGCCGACCGCCUUGUUCGUUUAUGACGUAUACUACUGAGCUUCGGUAUGAAAAUAGGCAAUUUGUUAACAACGAACAGUCAUCUUCGAGAUACGAUGUAUACUUGGAAGUCAAUUAUAGAGAACUUUAUGCUACAAGCUAUCGACGAUCCAUGAGAUAUACUACUCAAGAUUUAUUGGUGUCGUUCGGUGGAGUAGCUAGCCUGUUUCUUGGUUGUAGCUUGGUAAGUAUAGUGGAAAUCCUUUACGUCAUCUACAAGUCAUUCUUGGUAAUUGUGCAAAUCCUCUACAACAAAUACAACUGAAACACCA